CAACCUACGGCGGAACAAAUACGGAGCUCGCCUAUAAACCACUAGCUAUUGUCCAUUCUCUCCUGACAAGGCCUCCCGUUCCGCAUUGGAGCCCCAAAAUCUGCGAAACGCCGAUUGACCUCAUUGGGACAACCGAUCACUAGCGAGAUUUGACCCGAGACAACGUCUUGCACUUCCCAUUGCGGGUAUUAGGUGAUCAAGGAUGGCUUCAAAGUUUUUGCGCGAAUACAAACUGGUGGUAGUAGGAGGUGGCGGUGUAGGAAAGUCAUGCCUGACUAUACAACUCAUUCAAAGUCAUUUUGUCGACGAGUAUGACCCUACAAUCGAAGAUUCGUACCGUAAGCAAUGCAUGAUCGAUGAUGAAGUUGCCCUCCUCGACGUCCUAGACACAGCCGGUCAAGAAGAAUAUUCUGCCAUGAGAGAACAGUACAUGCGGACAGGCGAAGGCUUCUUACUCGUUUACUCGAUAACAUCCCGGCAAUCGUUCGAAGAGAUCAUGACAUUCCAAAAACAGAUUCUGCGGGUCAAGGAUAAAGAUUAUUUUCCCAUCAUAUUGGUCGGCAACAAGUGCGACUUGGAAGGGGAAAGAGCAGUGUCCAAAGAGGAGGGUGCUCAACUAGCUCGAGAAUUCGGCUGCAACUUUAUUGAAACAUCUGCAAAGUCACGAAUAAAUGUCGAAAAUGCAUUCUACGACCUCGUCCGAGAGAUUCGACGGUACAACCGAGAAAUGUCAGGAUAUUCUGGGGGUGCACCUCCUCUAGGCUCACACGCUCCGGGACAAAAAUUUGAGAUGGAUCACAACGCAGACAAUGCAGGAUGCUGCAGCAGGUGUGUGGUGAUGUAAAGAGAUGGGAGUUUCGAUAUGCCAAAAAGCACGGAUUUCUUGCAGAGUCUUUCCACGGCACGGCGUUGGUAUUCAUGUCUCUGGGGCUCGACAUGCGUAUGGACUUGAUUGGGUUUGGCCUCGCAUUUUGGGAAUGGUGCCGGGCAAGCAAAUGUUCCAAGAUUUCUACCGGCUUGCGCCACCAAAAGAAUGGGAGGGAGUCGUCGUCUUCGUUUGGUGUUGGAACAGGCGGCGAUAAAAGGCUUUCAGAUAUUUGCCUCAGUUUGGUGUGCCAGUCUUACUCCAGGUUCAGAGGCUUCGGCGUCGGAAAAAGUCCUAUGUCAGGCAUGGGCGCUGUCUUGAAGGAAAGACAAUGAUAAACUCGUA